UGUUUCGCCACCGACUCUUUUCUCUUUUUUUUUCGCUACCCGGCAUCGGAAGCCAGAGUGCGAGUAAUCUGUGUCCUGUAUUCGGCGGAUAAAGCCGUUUCGUCGCCGACGUCGUGACACCGUAAUGCCAUAAUCUCUCGUCGAGGAAUGCCUUUAUGAGAGAUCCUCCCUGCGGCGGGUUAGCGGCGACGCUUCUAUCCCUCUCGGAGCGCUGCCGCAGCAUCCGCGACCUGAAGCUCCUCCACUCCGUCCUCAUCCGCCACCUCCACCUCCUCCCCUCCCCCUCCGCCCACCGCAUCCUCGCUAAGCUCCUCCGCUUCUCCGCCGUCUCCCCCACCGGAAACCUCCGCUACGCCUCCCUCCUCCUCUCCCUCCACCUCCCCUUCCUCUCCUCCACCCACCCCUCCAACCUCACCUUCUUCUUCAACACCCUAAUCCGCGGCUACUCCAACUCCAACUCCCCCUCCCGCUCCCUCUUCCUCUUCGCCUCCAUGCGCCGACGCGGCGUCCUCCCCGACCCUUUCUCCUUCACCUUCCUCCUCAAAUCCCGCGCACGCGACCCCGACCCUCCCUACGCCUCCGAUAUGCACGCCCUCGCCCUCAGGUUCGGAUGCCUCGGCUCCCACCCCGCCCACGUCCACGCCCACAACGCUCUCAUCCACCUCUACGCCUCCUUCUCCGACCCCAUCUCCGCGCGCCAGGCGUUCGACGAUAUGCCCGCUCCGGACGUGGUCUCCUGGUCGGGCCUCCUCACCGCGCAUCUCAAGGCGGGCGACGCCGACGCCGCGCGCCGCGUGUUUGAUGAUAUGCCCGCGCGGGACGUGGUGUCGUGGACGGCCAUGAUAUCGGGCUACGCGCGCGCGCGGCGGCCGCGGGACGCGCUGGAGCUGUUCCGCGCCAUGCCGUUCCCGCCCGACGAGGUCGCAAUGCUCGGCGCGGUCUCGGCCUGCGCCGCCCUCGGCGACCUCGAGGCCGGCGAGCGCGUCCACCGGUAUGUCGACGCGCGCGGCUUCGGCUGGAUGGUCUCGCUCCGGAACGCGCUUGUCGACAUGUACGCCAAGUGCGGCGCCCUCGCGAGCGCGCGUCGCGUGUUCGACGCGACGCCCGUAAAGAGCCUUGUCUCGUGGAACACCAUGAUCUCAGCCUAUGCUUCCCACGGCGACGCGGAUAGCGCCAUCACCUUAUUCCACGAGAUGGUUAAGUCGAACAGAGUGAAUCCCGACGGAGUAACGCUGCUUUCCGUGUUGAGCGCGUGCGCCCACGAGGGCCGCGUAGAUGACGGACGCAAACUGUUCGAUGAAAUGAGAAAGGAGAAGUACGGUGGCAUGGAAAUCAGCAUAGAGCACUACGGUUGCAUGGUUGACCUACUCGGUCGCGCAGGGCUUCUCGAGGAAGCAUAUUACCUGAUCAAAGAAAUGCCGAUACCGAGUAACGAAAUUGUAUGGGGAGCACUGCUCAGUGCGUGCAGGAUUCAUGGGGAUGUGGAGAUGGCAAGGCGGGCGAUAGAGAAGUUGAUGGAGUUGAAGCCGGAAGAAGGUGGGUAUUAUAUUCUUCUAAGCAGCAUUUAUGCUGAUGCGGGCAGAACUGCAGAGGCUGAGGAGAUCCGGCAGGCCAUGAAGGAGAGGGGCGCCUUGAAGACUCCCGGCUGCAGCAGCUGUGUGCAGCAGAAGCGUUAGCACCGUAAAUCUAAACUGCUGCUUUGAAAAGCAUUUGAAAAAAAAAAGUGCUGUUUAAGCAGAUCUCACACAAGAACUCUGAUAGCCUGAUGAUGAAGUGAGAGUUGCUGCAUUUGGAUCGAUGCAACAAGUCAGAAAAAAUGAUGUUAUGGUACGCUUCGAU